AGAAGAAGUGUUUUUAUCUGACGCCACAGUCUGCUUUCAGGAAAGUGUCAGACACUCACAUCAGAGCACAUUUACGUUGAGUCACCAUGAGCAACAAUAGCAGCUGUACAUUUGAACACGUGGACUUGCUUAUGCAGAAAUUGGAGCUGGUCAUCUAUGUGCCCAUCUUUGUGUUUGGCAUCAUCCUAAAUGCCAUUGCGGUUUGGGUGUUCUGCUUUUUUUUUAAAAAAUGGACUGAAUCCACCAUCUACAUGAUCAACUUGGCUGUAAUGGAUCUGCUCUUGCUGCUUCAGCUGCCCUUCAAGAUGCAUGCUACGAACAACCUGUGGUUACCAAACAAAAAACAUUUCUGCUCUUUCCUGGAAAGCCUGUACUUCAUGGCCAUGUAUGGGAGCAUCUACAUCAUCAUGUGCAUAUCCAUGGACCGCUACCUUGGCAUAUGCCACCCAUUCCGCGCCAAGUACCUACGUUCCAAGAAAAGUGUCCGGAUUGUGUGUUCGGUAAUUUGGGUGUUUGUGAUAGUAGCGACUGUUCCAGUUUAUACAUUCCGAGAAGAGGGACAGAAAGAAUUCCACUGCUUCCAUGGCUUUUCAGAUAAGGGAUGGCACCCGGUGCUUAUUGUGUGUCUGGAGGUGUUUGGCUUCCUGCUGCCUGCUCUCGUGCUAAUAUUUUGCUCAGUGCAGAGUAUCCGUACCCUGCGAGAUCCAAAGUUCACGAGCACUCCUGACAGACAAGCUGGUGUCCGGAUCAUUUACAGCAGCCUGUGUGCCUUCCUGGUGCCCUUCACACCAUGCCAUUUUGCAAUCUUUCUCCAAUACCUGGUGCGCAGCUCCACCAUCUAUGAGUGUGACGCCAAGACAAAGAUCUCCCUGUUUUUACAGUUGUCUCUCAGCCUGGCCAACAUAACAUGCUGCCUGGAUGCCAUAUUCUACUACUUUGUAGCCAAAGAGGUACGGGCGAGUAAGGACAGAAUCAGGAUGUCCAUCACUAGGAUUAGAAGUACAAGUGGCUCAGACUGAUAAGAAAGAAAAAAAAGUUUUUUGAUUGCUGAUUGUCAAAACAUGAUGUUGCUUACUAAGGCUCAUUAUUGAUACAGUUAUCUGUUUAAUAUAAUGUGCCUCAGAGUCAGAAGAAAAAUGGCCAUUUUACAAAGAUAACUUUUAAAAAGAGGCUGCCGUGGGCCGUUUGAUCAGUUGUGGAUGUUGUUAAGCUGAAGACAGACUUUAAUGCUGGAUUAACAAAAGCAGUGACGCUUACCAAGACACAUUUACUCAUUUUUAACUCCUUGAUUUUUUAUAUGGUAUGCCUCAGAUGUGUAAGAUAGAAAAGGGUUUCUAGUCUGAGUCACCUUGGCAGGCUGUCAGAGGUGGUUCUCACGCGAUGGGAGCGUGCCGAGCUGAACAGAGAUUUCAGAAAUGAAUUUUCAGAAGUUUAUGAGGUUUAUCUAGACUAAUUACUUAUAGCACCAUUUUGUUAAACUAAUCAGUUUUAUAUACUGUAUGUCAUAAGGACAUGAGAUCCGUUCAUGAGAAGUUUAAUAUUUAUUCAGCAGUAAAUAUUUAAUUGGGGACAGGGCUGAGAGUCGCAGAGGAUACUGCUACCAGCUUUCUUUAGUUGGGUGAAAGAGUGGGCACAGGCAGCAUGCCUGACAGUUUCACUCUGCCUCAGACAUGUUUCUCUUUGUGCUACAAUUCACAUGCCUACUGUACAUAGUAUCCUAUACAAUAAGCAUUAUUUAAAAGUAAAGCUUGUUAUUUCUUAAGUGUUUUUCUAAUAUAACUCUUUUAUUCAUUAUUAUUUUUUGAGGUGUAAUAUGGAUGUAAAAUACAAUAUUAGGUACAGUUAAUACUAAGCAGUAACAAUCAUUUUUGUAUUGUUUCCUAAACAACCUUUAACUUUGUAACCAUUCUCUUUACUAUUUUUGUUGUCUGAUAAUAAAUUUCAAUGCUCUUACCAUAGAAUGGUAACAUUUAUGGUGAAGUUUUUUUUUUCUUUAUCUCUUAGCAGCACUGACAAAAAUUAUUUUAAAACCCGGCAAUCACAUGGUCGUUAGGAAACUAAAACCAUAAAAGGACUGUAUUUUCUGUCAUGUUUAUUUUUAAGAGCAUAGAUGGUGUGAUUAAGUAAAGGACAUUCUGCUGAAAUGUAUUACUGCUUUUGCUUUCCAGAUAGAGGUUAACUAUAUAGCGUCUUCUCUGGAGAGUUACCAUUAUUUUGUAAACAGUCUGAGUCAAACCGAAUAAAGACCAUCUAAGAAAA